UGUUUUACCUGCCUUAGUUUGCAUUGUCCUGUCAUGACUGAAAUAAAUACUUUUUGUCCUGUUUAUUUGCAGUUUACCAAUCAAAAUGGACUCAAGUUCUCCGAGGUUCACCCUCCUGGCUCCAGACCUGCUGCGAGCAGACAGUGAGGAGAACAUCUACAUGGUGGGCGACGGCCUGUCCGACCCUGUCACCGUUUCUAUCUCCAUCCAGGACUUCAGUAAGACCACCAUGCUGCUGCAGGACUCUGCCGUACUCAACCAGGAGAAUGGAUACCACACUCUCAAGUCUAUACAGCUUCCCUCUGACCUCUUGAACCGUGAUGAGAAGAAGAACAAGUUUGUGCAUCUGUCUGUGAGCUUUGGGGGCUUCCACACAGAGGAGAGGUUGUUGAUGGUUUCCUUUCACUCAGGAUACAUCUUCAUCCAGACGGACAAACCCAUCUACAACCCUGGAGACACUGUUCAGUUUAGAGCCUUCGUGUCCUCUCCUGCUUUCAAGGCUUUCAACAGCUCCAUCACGAUAGACAUCCAGAACACAGACGGUAUAGUGGUUAAGCAGAUCUCCAGGACCAGAGCUGUUGAUGGCAUCUUUAAAGACACUUUAGUUCUCUCUGAAAUUGUCAAGGAAGGCAUAUGGAAGGUGAUUGCAAAGUUUGAUCACUGGCAGCAGAACACAUUUACCGCCAAUUUUGUGGUGAAGAAAUAUGUGCUUCCUGCCUUCAAUGUUACCUUGACGCCCAAGAAGUCCUUUCUCAGCCUGGAUGACACUGAACUCAUUGUAGAGAUCUCAGCAAGGUACCUGUAUGGGGAGCCGGUGCAGGGGACGGCCUAUGUUGUGUUUGGAGUGAAUAUCAACAAUGAGAUGCGCAGGUUGCCUUCAGUAAAGCAGGUUUCAGAUCUGGAUGGAGGAGUUGUAGUACUGAGCAUGGAGGAGAUAAAGAGAGCGUACCCCAACAUCAGAUCUUUGGUGGGGAACUCUGUGUAUGUCAAGGCUUCUGUGCUUACACAGUCCGGCAGUGAUCUGGUUGAAGCAGAGAAGACUGGCAUUAAAAUAGUGGAGUCUCCCUUUGUGUUAUCCUUCAAAGACAUACCAAAGUACUUCAAGCCAGGCCUGCCCUUUGACUUUACAAUCCAGGUGAGCCACCAUGAUGGUUCCCCGGCUCGUAAUGUUCCUGUUAAGUUGAACAUGUUGGACACGCCCCUGAUCGUCUCCGGCACAGCCAGAGUCACCAUCAACAUGCCGAGUAAUUCACGCCCACAAACCAUCACUGCUGAGACCACCCAGGCUGAUCUGAGACCAGAGCAGCAGGCCAAACAUCAUCAAUCAAUACAGUCAUACGUCAGCCUGGACCACCGCCAACAGAACUACCUGUAUAUCUCCACAGGGACAAACAAGGUGUCUGUGGGAGAAAGAAUGUCUUUCAAGCUGAGCAUCAUCACAGCAGAGCAGACAAACAGGGAUCUCAUUAAACAUGUUACAUAUCUGGUGGUGAAUAAAGGUAAAAUCAUCGUAGCCAAGCGUGUGGAUGUGACCGGUCAGGUGAUCACCAGUAUUGGACUGAUGGUCACACCGGAGAUGUUGCCUUCGUUUCGGGUUGUGGCAUUCUACUGGAUCUGGACAGGGCGAGAGGAGGUGGUGCCUGACUCCAUCUGGGUGGAUGUGGUAGAUUCUUGCGUUGGAGGGCUGAGAGUGGGGCCAGCGGACGGCAUACAUCGAGACUACAGACCUGGAAAGACAUUAAGUUUUGAAGUCAGAGGAGAUCCAGGGGCAAAAGUUAGCAUGGUGGCCGUGGACAACGCUGUGUUUCUGCUCAACAAGGACAGACUGACACAGAGGAAGCUCUGGGAUGUGGUGGAACACAGAGACAUCGGCUGCACCCACGGGGGAGGCAGGGAUGCCAAGGCAGUGUUCUCCGACGCGGGGCUGCUCUUCUCCUCCAGCGCAGGAUUCAAAACCGAAACAAGACAAGCCCUGCAGUGCCCUGGAAGAACCAGAAGGAGGCGCUCUGCUGAACUGCUGAAACGUAAAGCCCAGCUGGAGGAUUAUUACAAGGAGAAACUGCAGCGUCGCUGCUGUAGGGACGGCCUCAGGGAGAUCCCCAUGCCGUACUCCUGCACGAGGCGCUCCCUUUACAUCACAGAGGGCUGGGAGUGCAUCCGUGCCUUUCGAUACUGCUGUGCCACAUACAGAAACCAAGAGUUUGACACCCAGAUUCCAACCACCCCACCACCCAUGACCACAGCUCCACCUACCACAUCAAUUCCAAGACUCUCUUUCAUACGUCCUUUUGGCAGAGUAGAUGCGUCUGUACACAGAAUACAGCUCUCGGCAAGAACAUUUGGGUUUCUUUUUAACCCCCAGCCGGUAAAGCCUCCAGAGUCAUGGAAGCACACAAGCCUCCCCACCACAGCAAGACCUUCUAUUCAUACAUGUGUUCACUUAGCUUGGGGACAACCACAGGCAUCGCCAGGGAUACCUGGACCGCCUGAAUCACCAAAAGUGUACAUGAAAUAUUCCAAUGUAAAUAAAAUGGCACAAGAAGAUGUGGUUAUGGACACGAGGGAAAUGGUGGAGGAAGUGGAGGAGUAUGAAGAAGAUGAAGAGGAAGAUUGGGAGUACCUGGAUGAGACUCAAGUCUAUCUGCGGUUCAAGUUCUACGAGUCGUGGUGGAUGGAAGUUGACCUGCCCAGCCAGGCAGACAGAGACGGGUUGGCCUCAAAGACUGUGAACCACCCCUUACCUGACAGUAUCACAGAGUGGGGAGUGCUGGCAGUAAGCUCAUCACCUCAUACAGGUUUCUGUGUUGCUGAGCCGUACAAUGUCAGAGCACGGAAGGACUUCUUUGUGGACCUGAGGCUGCCGUAUUCAGUGGCAAGGAACGAGCAGCUCGAGAUAAAAGCUGUGGUCCAUAACUACGGCUAUGAAGAGAUGCAUGUAAGGGUGGUGCUGAUGAAGACAGAAGGCAUGUGCAGCAUUGCCUUCAAGGACAGACACACACAAGAGCUGACACUGGCGCCGGGCUCUUCUGUGGCGGUGCCUUACACCAUCGUCCCACUGGUGGUGGGGAAGCUACCUCUGGAAGUGAUGGUGGUCGGCAGAGACAUGAUGGGAGGAGACCGUAUCCAGAAGCUUCUACGGGUGGUGAUGGACGGAGUGCAGAAGACUGAAGUGUGGAGUGCUGUGCUGAACCCAUCUGCUGAGGGAGGAACACAGACACUUCAUGUUGAAAAGAGGAAACUGGAGUCAGUUGUCCCAAAUUCUGUGCCUGAGACUUUCAUCAAUGUCAGAGGGAAUAUUUUGGCAGACAGCAUCGAUAACUCCAUCAGUGAGGACUCUCUGGCCUCCCUGAUCCGGAUGCCCGGCGGCUGUGUGGAGCAGAACUUGGCGAGCAUCACUCUGCCGCUCAUCGCCACGCUCUACCUGGAGAGAACAAACGACUGGGAAAGUGUCGGGGUGCAGCGCAAGGCUGAGGCUAUCCGAUACAUUAGGAGAGGCUAUGAGAACCAACUGGCCUACAGAAAGAGUGAUGGCUCUUACCCCCCCUACAGGAGGGAAGGCGCAAGCACAUGGAUCACGGCAUACGUUGUUAAAGUUUUCUCCAUGGCUCACUCCAUCAUUGGCAUCAACGAGCAGCAAGUGUGUGAACCUCUGCUCUACCUGUUGAAGAACAAACACCAACGUUUGACAGGGAGCUUCAGAGAAGACAACCCAGUUUACAGCACCACCAUGACUGGCGGUGUAGGUGUCCGUGGUGAUGAACAUCAGAUAACCCUGACAGCCUUUGUCCUCAUAGCGCUUGCUGAGGCUAAGCAGGCCGGGAUCCGUUGCAAUGAUCCAAAUUUUAACACAGAGGCUAUUAUCCGUAAGACAGCUGAUUACCUGAGUAAAGGGCUGUUAAAGGUGGGAAGGCGGCCGUACACUGUGGCCAUCACUUCCUAUGCAUUGGCUCUGCUGGGGAAGUCACAGCCCUUCAACCCGACCCAAGUUCUACUCAGAGCAUCUGAAGAUGGUCACUGGCCCGACACACAGAACACCUUGUUCUCACUGGAGGCGACCGGCUACGCCCUGCUCGCUCUGAUCAAGUUGGGACGUAUGGAGGAAGCAGCAGCACCGUUUAAAUGGCUGAACAGCCAGCGGAGGAGAGGUGGAGGCUUCGGCUCAACCCAGUCCACCAUGGUUGUGCUGCAAGCACUGUCAGAGUACCUGAUCCACAAACCUCCACCUGGAGACCUCAGUUUGGAUGUGGACGUCAGGAUGACAGGGCGCAAGGAAAUCCGCUACCACUUUGACCCCGUGACCUCCUAUGCUGCUCGAUCUUCCAGGUUGCCCGCUGAACUUGAUUUGGAAGUGGAGGCUCGGGGAAACGGACAGGGAAUACUGGAGGUUGUGACUUAUUACAACCAGCUGCAUGAGGUGGAUGAGAAACUUUCCUGCCAGCACUUUGAGCUCAACGUCACUAUUGAAGAAUCAGGCGAAAAGCCUCCCGCAGAUGUAGAAAAAUCCUACCAGAUCACCAUCAAAGUGAGGGCCUUAGGACCCAGAGACGUCAGGAUGGUGGUUCUAGAUAUUAGUCUGCCCACUGGUUUCACUCCAGAGAACUCAGACCUAGAGAUGUUGUCCAACUCGGUGGACCGUUACGUCAGCAACUUCCAGAUAGUUGAUAACCUGAGCGACCGAGGCUCUCUGAUUUUACACUUGUUCAAGGUUUCCCACAAAGAGCCAGAGAUCCUGAUCUUCAGGCUUCAACAGAGCUUCAAAGUUGGCCUCCUGCAGCCCUCCUCAGUGACUGUCUAUGAGUACUACAACCCUGAUCACCGCUGCAGUCGUACCUACAAUCCCAAGGAGGACAGAGAGGAGCUCACGCAGAUCUGCAGGGACAAUGUCUGCCGCUGCACGCAGGGUGACUGCUGUGUCUCCAAAAGUGAUACUGAAAACUUCCCCAACAAAGACAGAGAGACUUUUGCCUGCAAAAGUUUACACCACGUUUUCCAGGUGAAGGUGCUGAGUCACAGCCAGAGUUACUACGACAAAUACGAGAUAGAGAUCACGCAAGUUAUCAAACUGGGUGAGGAGGCGGGAGUUGAAGUGGGACAAAAGCGGGUUUUCAUGUCUCAUGGAGGCUGCAGAGAUGAUCUCAACCUGACGCCGGGCUCCCAGUAUCUCAUCAUCGGCCCCAAAGAUGACCAAUGGAACAUUGAUAGUGAAACCAACAAGUACAUCUAUAUGUUAGGAAAAGACACCUGGGUUGAGCGCUGGCCUUCAUCUGCAGAGUGCUCCAGCGAUCCCAGCCUGCAGACCAAAUGCAAGAACCUCGAUGACACCGCAUAUGAACUGUCUGUCAACGGCUGCAGGCUGUAGUCAGUCUUUGCAAUAAGUGAAUAAUGACAUACUAAAUGUGUUGCUCUGUGAAAAAAGAACUACAAGUAGAGCUAGUUAUCGUCACAUACCCAUAAAGUUUUUCCCAACUGUGAUGAUGCAACAUGAACUAGUUCCGCUGUAAGAAUGUAUUAAUACUAAAAGUAAACCAAACAGCCUGUUCAAGAUUGUUAUAGCUUUUUUUCAAUGUUUGAAGUGUAAAACCAAAUAGUAAAACUGUCACAAUGCCAACUUAAAGCUAUACAUGAAACAUAUUGUUAAUAAAAGGAAGUGAUACAUUUCACAUAUUGAAGAAAAGGUCAUCAUUGAUACAGAGUUCAUUAAUAUUGCCUCCAUAAAGGGAGGUAAGCAAAUCAUAAAAAAUAAGUCCUCCUUAAAAAAUGAGAGGAGCCCAGCCCAGAUAAUUAAACUGAAGCCAAUGUUAAGUGGCCCUAAGGGACAUUUUUUCCACUGACCAGCAGAGGGAGACUCACUGGUUGUAGAAAGGUGUCUGAAUUUAUAAAACCAGAUGGAAAAGGUUUGGGGUUACUGUACAAAAAAAUGCAUUAAGUAAUUGUUUACAACAAACCUGUGCUGACUGAAAUAACAAGCUGUGUUUUAUUUACAUCUCUAUAUAAAAACAUUUCUCUAAAA